UGUUUUCAGUAGUUCUGUUCACGAAUUAAAAUGUGAUUUGUAAGAUUUCAUUUAGAGUACUAAAGGUGAAUGAACCGACAGUCAGUAAACGUGUCAUCGAUAUGGCCGCUCGGACCCUACAGGAGCUUGUAUCCUCCGCCGCCUCUCUGCACCCUGACCGGGCAGCUGUGACGUACGACAGCGGGUCAGUGUCAGGGAACCCGGUGUCCCUGCGGUACAGAGAGCUGGAGGAACUAACCUCUGAGCUGUGUGAUGCUCUGCGGAGGAGCUGCUCUGAUAAUAACGGUGUGAUUGGGCUGUACUGUUGUGAUGAUCUGUUCAUACCUGUGUGGGUUCUAGGGAUCCUGCAGUCCUCUGCUGCCUUUGUCCCCCUGGACCCUGAGGCUCCAGGACUUCUCUCUGCCAGAGUCCUGAACCAGUGUGGGCUCAAGUACUGUGCUGUGAACACUGACAUGCUGCAGAGAUUUCAGGCAGCCCUCAUCAGUCACGUGUCCGUGGAGGUUUGUGUCGAGUUGUCUAAGUUCAAACUGACGGUGGUACGAAUCAAGAUGCUGCCAGUCUCUAUCAACACAAGAGGACCUGAACAGACUCGAUCUCUGACAGCAGAGGGCGCUGCUGCUGAGUUUAAAGAGUCAGGACGUGCAGACUUGGCGUAUGUGCUUCACACAUCUGGAACCACUGGAGUCCCAAAGACUGUGAGGGUGCCACACAGAUGUAUCCUCCCCAACAUACUUCACCUGAGAUCUUUGUUUCAGAUGAGCUCAGAUGACGUGGUCCUCCUCGCCUCCCCGUUAACCUUUGACCCCUCUGUGGUGGACAUGUUCCUGGCCUUGUCGUCGGGGGCUCAGCUCCUCAUCGUCCCCGCUGUGAUGAAGAAGAUGCCUCGUCGUCUGGCCCAGCUGCUGUUCACGCGUCACAAGACGACGGUCCUGCAGGUCACACCGACGCUCCUCGUCCGCUUCGGGCAGCGUAUCCUCCAGCAGGAGGUGCUGUCGUCGGGCUCCACGCUGCGGGUGCUCGCUCUCGGGGGAGAGGCCUGUCCGUCACCCGCUCUGCUGAGGAGCUGGAAGCACGAGGAGAACAAAACUCACAUCUACAACAUCUACGGCAUCACAGAGGUGUCCUGCUGGGCGUGUGUUUAUCAAAUACCAGAGUCUCUGCUGCACUCGAACAGCCUCGCGGCGUCCUCGGUGCCUCUCGGGACUCCUCUGAUGGACACGGUGGUGGAAGUCAGAGAUGAAAACGAGCGCCUUGUGACAGCAGGAGAAGGUCAGGUGUUCAUAGGCGGGGGGGACAGGGUGUGUCUCCUGGACGAUGAGGAGGAUGUUGUCCGCGGGACGAUGAGAGCGACAGGAGACUGGGUGAACGUCAGAGACAAACAGCUGUUUUACCUCGGACGGAGAGACCGGCUUGUUAAACGCCACGGGAAGCGGGUGAACCUGGACCACCUGCAGCAGCUCAUUCAGAGUCUCCCUCAGGUGGAGGCCUGCGCUGCGUGUCUCUACGAAGGCUCUCGACUGCUCGCCUUCGUCGUCUCGUCCACAUCUGGAGAGCAGAAACAUGUGGAACACAUACAUGGGGAACACCUCCUGCUCCCUGCUGCAGAGGAGACGGGCGGUGCAGACGGAGACCUGAGCAUCGUGAUCCUGGAGCAGCUGUCUCUGCUGCUGCCGUCACACAGUGUCCCCGACACGCUGCUCCUGGUCCCGGCUCUCAGUCUGACUGCUCACGGCAAAGUGGACAUGAAGGCUCUCAUGAAGAUAUACCAAAGACAGAGACGAUGUUCAGACUCUGCGCGAGGAGAUUCAAACAAACUGAAGCAAACUCUUCAGGCUCUGUGGAACGAAACUCUCGGCCUUCCUGAAGAUGCAACGAUCGAUGAGGAGUCGAACUUCCUGCUGAGUGGAGGAGACUCUCUGAAGGCUCUGCGUCUCCAUGAGGACGUCCUCGCCGCCGCAGGAUCAACCUCGCCAGAGCUGCUGGAGGUCGUGCUCGACGGGACUUUUUCUGACGUCCUGCGCCACAUCGAGAGGAUAACGCUGACGCAGCCGCUUGAGAACAAGACGCCGGCGACGUCCGAGGUGAAGAAACGACACGCUGAAGCUCCCUCUGCGACGCCGGCAAAGAGAGAACACACAGAGCGGCUGCAGGAGGAGAAAAGAGCGUUUAGAGUUCUAAAGAGAGCAGGAGAGGUGAUGGAGAUCAGAGACACAGAGACACAUAUCAACUCUGAGGCAGAGAAGGAUGGAGCGCUGACCCUCAGUGUGAGCUGGUCCUCAGACACAGGCCGAUGUGUGGACGCCUCUCCGCUGCUUCUAGCAGAAAACACAACGACAGUGUUCAUCGGCUCCCACUCUCACAGGAUCCAAGCGUUAGACCUGACCACGGGGAGCCUCCUGUGGGAGCGAGUCCUCGGGGGGAGAAUGGAAGCCUCGGCUGCGGUGUCUCACUGCGGUAGCCUCGUGGUUAUUGGUUGCUAUGACGGCUGUGUGUAUUUCCUGUGUGCUGCUUCUGGAGACACUCGGUGGAUAUUUGAGACGGGGGACGCUGUGAAGAGCUGUCCUGCUGUGGACCCCCUCACAGGUCUGGUGAUGGUGGGCUCACAUGAUGGACACGUUUACGCCUUAGAUCCAAAGGAGGAGCAGUGUGUGUGGAGGCGUCACUGUGGAGGAGGAGCUGUGUUCUCCUCCCCGCUCCUCCUCUCGUCUCUCAGACAGAUGUUUGUGGCAUCGCUGGGAGGCCACCUGCUCUGUCUCAACCCUGACAGCGGGGAGGAGCUGUGGUCGAUCUGCAGAGACGUCCCGUUCUUCUCGUCACCUAACGCCUCCUCCGGUCACGUCAUCAUCGGCUCGGUGGACGGAAACAUCUGCUGCUUCGGCGCUGAGGGGAAACUGGUUUGGCAGUUUAAGACAGAAGGACCCGUCUUCUCGUCUCCGUGUGUCACUCAGGACCGGCAGAGCGUCCUGUGCGGGUCACACGACGGUCACCUGUACUGUUUGAACUGCGCUGACGGCUCUCUGGUUUGGACUUUCCAGACCACUGGGAAGGUGUACUCCAGUCCGUGUGUGUUCGACGGCUCUGCGGUGGGCCGGAGGGGGCCGCUGGUGGCUCUGGCCUCCACAGACGGCGCAGUGUGGAUCCUGGAUGUACGAGACGGACGGAUGCUGACCACGCUCACUCUACCAGGGGAGCUGUUCUCAUCCCCCGUGGUGUGUGGGCGCUCUCUUGUUAUCGGGUGCCGCAAUGACCUUGUGUAUUGUUUACAGCUGACAGUGAAAGAAGAAACACAAACGGAGGAGCUGGUUUCAUAAUGAACACAGAUUUCUUUUAUGUCGGAGGAGAGAGGGAGCUGUGGGAAAUAGAUAAAGUAAUUAAAGCUCAGGAUAAUAAGGAGUCUGCAGCCUCUCUGUUCAGACAUCAGUAUUUAAUUUACAUUAUUCAGAACAUUUUAUUUCUCUUUAAGAAUCUUCUCAUGAAUAUCUCUAAGUGGGACAAAAAAGUGCAAAUAAUACCAAACAUUUUCCUUGUUACAUGUAACACUGCGCACACUACACUAUUGUGCACGACCGACGUUAGAAACAGAACGACAGAGUGACUCUUUCUGACCUCAGUACACCUCAUACAUACGUACAGAUCAUUUAGUGAGAGAGAACGCUGCAGGAUUUGUUUUUUUUUUCUUUCAGGAAAUGUUUGUAAGAUGGUAUCACACCGACCAGGAAGUGAUGGCCUACAAACACAAGAGUGUUACAGGAGGACAAACAUCUUAUGUUACAGCAAGCAGGUGUCUGUCUCCCUUAGCGACAAAAAGAAUCCUAAUCAUGUCAAGUUCAGAAGAGCACUCCUCAUGUCUCACUUUGUACAUCCUCGUCUCAGAGUGUGAUCACAAACGCAGUGUUUUUAGAUACAAUUCAAAUAAAGCUUUUUAUUGGUUUAUGCA